UUCUCUCUCCGGCGAUUUUUCUGGCGAUUGAAAGCCAGGUUUAUUCACCAGAUUUUCCAUGGUUUUCCUUAGAUUUCUGUUAGUUUUAGUUUUCCAGUUGAUUUCCCUUCCACGGCUUUCCAUUUUUCUUUUCUUGCGGCACCUUGCUUUGUUUUUUUUUUCGUUUUAGGGUUUCAGUUUUUCGUCGUUCUGUUAGAAUUUCCUUUUUUUUCGGUUUUCAUGGCUAGAACAACCAGAGCUUCCUCUUCCAGGCGGCAGUCGACAACCCUUUUUUCCCAGGGGAUUGAGGACUCUUCUUCUUCAUCUCCCAUUACGUUGGACGCUGCUAUCGACAAUGGCUACGUCCAUUUCCCCUUCAAAGGCUUUGAUAGUUGUCCAGAUGGUGUUGGUGGAAGGGGUUACACCAAGGGCUCAUUUUUGAGGCAUUUACAUGAUCGACACCUUUCUUAUGAAGCUAAAAAGGAGAAUUGCAGGGAUCUGAUUGCCAAGAAUCUGCAGAUUUACCAUGCUUAGGAGAAUGUUCUUGGUUUUCUUCGGAUGUGGCUAUGUCAUCGGUGUAUGCAUCUUCACGCCUGGAAAAUGCUAUGUAAGGGUCGAGAGGGAACAGUUCAUGGGGAUGUCGUUGCAGGUCCAUUCAAUGGCGCAGACACAGAGUUUCUCAUACAUGGUAUUGCUAAACCUGAUGAGGUAGGUGUUGAGGGUUUGGAAGUGCAAUUUGUGAUAUGGGAGAGGGUUAUGGUGCUGUCGUAGAGACUGUGCUUUCUACAGAUCUUCUAAAUGUUGUUUUUCAGAGGCAGUUCACCACAGUGACGAGUAUCCCUCAUAAACGCCGGCUACUCUUCUCAAGGUUACUGAAAACCUGCCUCAACAAGGUGAUCAUCAACUCAACCAACUUGAAUGCAUGGGUGCAACUUAUUCUUUUUCCUAUAUGCACUUUAGCUUUGUACAGACCGAGGAAUUCUGCAGAAGCGAAAUCAGAUAAUUGCAAACGUCUACAAAUCGCUGCCAUCAACCAUUCUCUAACGGUUUGGAUGGAGGCCAAUGGAUGUUUUACCCUGAUUACCAAGAUGUUACAACUCCCUGUCCGUACAGUGUCUAAACCAAUAGAUGGGAAGAAGCAGAGCUUAUCUAAUUUGACAGUUUGCCGCAAGAAAAUAAGCUGCAGUCAUUUUGCUGCCGCUAUCCGCGUGCUUUGAGAAAACUUAUGCGGAUUUGCAGGAUAAACACCCAGCAGCGCCUCCCCCUGCUAUUCAUUGUGAUGAUGUUGUAGUUGAUCCAGUUGUGGUGGAAUUUCAGGAAGUUUUGGGAGCUACUAAAAGCUUCCCCAAGGGUACUUCUUGUGGUCGAUAUGGCUUGCGGGCGCAACAUUUAGUUGAUGCGAUGAGCUGGGGCGGCGGCAGCACUGGCAGACGACUUACUCACUUCGAUUACAAGGGUUGUCAAUCUUUAGUUGGCUGGAAAAUGCCCUGCGGAGUUGGGUGAAUUCAUAUCUAGUGUUCCCUUAACACCAUUACUCAAUCCUGGGGGUGGCAUUAGGCCAAUUGCAGUUGGCACGGUUUGGCGUAGAUUGGUCUCUAAAGUGGCUGCUUUCUCUGUCGGAAAGGAUAUGUCUUCUUACUUGGGUAAUUACCAAUUUGGAGUUGGUGUAGCCUGGGGAGAGAGUAUUUUACAUGCUGUAAAUGGCCUACUUGAGAUGAAAAGUCACUCGGACAUGAUGUCAAUGCUCCUCAUUGACUUCUUCUCAGCUCAUCAAAGAGGUUCGUCUUCAUUGUCCAGGUAUUUAUCGUUGGGUUGAAUUUUGUUAUAUGCGACCUGCUAAGCUCUACUACGACCAAUAUGUUUUGUCUUCUGCUCUUGGAGUCCAGCAGGGUGACCCUCUCCGUCCCUUGUUAUUUUCUUUGACUCUACACCCUCUAGUGAAGACUAUUGCCUCCAAUUGCAAACUCGAUUUGCAUGCCUGGUACCUUGAUGAUGGUACAAUCAUUGGUGAUACACUUGAGGUGUCCAAAGCCUUGAACAUAAUAGAAACUGAAGGAUCAGGUGGUCCUGUGAGUAUGGAUUCGAAAUUUAUUAGUGAUAUGAUGAUAAACAAAGUGAACAAGACUGUUCAACUUAUGUCUGCCAUCAAAAAACUCAAGGAUCCUCAAAGUGAGAUGCUUUUACUUUGCAAUUGCACGGGUGUUUCUAGAUUAUAUUUUGCUUUGCGAACUACCAAUCCGGCAUCCCUUCAACAAGACACCGAGCUUUUCGAUGAUCAUUUGCUCAAGUACUUGAGACUUCUUGUUACUGGUGAUGGUUCAGGUUUUGGUCCUUUGCAGCAGCGAUUGGCUACCUUGCCCAAAGAUGGUGGUUUAGGCAUCUAUACCAUGGCAGACACCCGCACCUACUGUUAUCUCGCUUCUCAGAGUCAGACGGCUGCAGUGCAAAAGGUGAUUCUUGGUGACUUAUCCUCAACAAACAAAGGUUCUUCUUAUCAGUUUGCUCUUCAGUACUUCAUUCAGGCAUGUGGACUACCUUCUUCUUAUUGUGUCGACGAUACUGCCCCCCCCCCCCCCUUCCAUGCACUCCCUGGCAGUUACUUACUUUGACGCAAUUAAGAAGAAAAUCCCCGACCAAUUUUCUAUGUCUGCAAGAGAUUUCAUUAUGUGGCAGUAUAAUAGAGUUAAGCAUGCACAAUAUUAUUUAUUGGUUGUACCUAUUAGUGGGCUUAAUCAAUGCAUCGGGCCGAGACAGUUCAGAGCUGUUCUUUGUUACCGCUUGGGUAUCCCACUGUUUGUUGAGAAUAGUUUAUGCUCAAGUUGCAAUAUCCCUAUGGAUAUUUUUGGAGAUCACGCGCUUCAUUGUGCUAAGGAUGUUGGACCUAAGUUUCGACAUGACUUUGUACGAGAUGUAGUCGCUGACAUUUGUUAUAAGGCUGGUGUACCUGCGCGUAAGGAAGUUGCCCUCGGGUUUCUGUCGGAUGAUGGCAAAGAUUUACGUCCUGCUGAUAUCUUUGUUCCUAACUGGGAGAAUGGUCAAGAUGUUUGUAUGGCUGUUACAGGAGUUUAUCCUUUCACAGGUGAAGGUACUCUCUCUUUUGUUCUAGGCAAAGCUAUAUCUAGUGUUGUUUCGCGAAAACGCACUAAGUACUUGGACAAGUGUGUAUCUCAUGGCUAUGGUUUGGGUGUUUUAGCUUUCUCUACUUUAGGGGAACUUGGGGAUGAUACUUUAUGUUUUUUCAAGCGUAUGAAGAAUUGUUUAGUUAGCAGGGACGUUAGUAGUGGUUUUGAUAGUUUUAUUUUUCAUAGAUUAGGCAUUGCUAUUCAAAAAGGUGUUGGUGCCUAGAUUGUUUCUAGGUUUCCCGCCAAAAGUUUGUAAUUGUCUUUAACUAGGAA